ACAGUCAACUGUGCCUUCGCUAAAACACGUCGCCAAGACUUGAAAAAGAGAAAGUUGGCAAUCAUGUUCGUUUCCAUCCUCUCCGUGGUGGCUCUGUCCGCCGUUGCAUCAGCCAGCAACGUUGUCGAUUUGACAUCAGAAAACUUCGACAAUGUCGUCACUGGCGAUAAAUAUGCCUUUGUAGAGUUUUACGCACCAUGGUGUGGCCAUUGUAAAAACUUGGCCCCUGUCUAUGAGCAGGUUGGCGAUGCAUUUGCUGGUGAGAGCGAUGUGAUCAUUGCGAAGGUUGAUGCCGAUGCUGACCGCGAGUUAGGCUCGCGCUUCGGUGUGUCUGGCUUCCCCACUCUCAAGUUCUUCGAAAAAUCCUCAACCGCCAGCGACUACAGCGGUGGACGUACUGCCGAUGAUAUUGUAAACUACAUCAACGGCAAGGCCGGUACCCGUGCACGUGUCAAGAAACCCCAAACCCAUGUUGUUGACCUUGACCCAAGCAAUUUUGAUGGUAUUGUAAAGAGCGCAGAGAAGGAUGUCUUGGUUGAGUUCUAUGCCCCAUGGUGCGGACAUUGCAAAUCUCUUGCCCCUGUCUACGAGAAGGUUGGAUCUGCCUUCAAGAGUGAGAGCAACUGCGUUGUAGCCCGUGUGGAUGCUGACAGCCACCGCUCCCUUGGAGAGCAGUUUGGAGUGUCUGGCUUCCCUACCAUCAAGUUCUUCCCCAAGGACAACAAGGAUGGUGAGGAUUACAGUGAGGGUCGUUCCGAGUCUGACUUCAUCAGCUUCUUGAACAAGAGAUGCGGCACCCAGCGCGCUAGCGGUGGUUCCCUCACUGCCGAGGCUGGUCUUGUUGAAGACUUGAAUGCUCUUGCUGCUCGCUUCAUGAAGGAAGAGGAUGCACGCGAGGAUAUCAUCAGCGAGGCAACCAAGGUUGCUGACGGGCAGGACAAUGCGAUGGCAACAUACUACGUCAAAAUCAUGCAGAAGAUUCAGACUAAGGGCAACGAGUUCCCAACCACUGAGUCAAGCCGUCUUGAGCGCAUGUCCGGCAAGGUCAGCGACAAGAAAGCCGAUGAGUUCACCAUCCGCCGUAAUAUUCUCUCUCAAUUCGCCUGAUUCAUGCAAACGCAUGUAUGACUAGGUCUUAGGGGUAUGUUAGUUUUCUCUCUGCUAAUCCUGUGCCAGAAAACCAUGGUUUAUAUACGGCUUUUUUAACUUUUCUUUCUUACGUUUCUAUCCUUGAUUUCUCAUGAAAUACUGCAAAAGUCACACACCACAAAACAUGAGUUUAGUUCUUUGAUCGUGAGGCUUGUCACAUCAAUGUCUUAUAUUCAAUUUCCCCGAACGAAUAAACCAUGAAAAAGAU